GGCUGGCGAGCCGCCCUAACGUCAAGGCGGCGCCCAGCCCCCGUGCAGAGGCUCGGCGCGGCUGCCGGCGCAGGGGGAGAGGAUGCUGCUGCGGGCAGGGGCUGCCUCCCGGCCCUCCAGCAGCGGCGGCGGCGGCGGCAGCAGCAUCCUCAGCCCUGGCGAUGCAGGCACCACCCCCCGCCCCUGGUGAGCCGCAGUGCUCCAGGAGGGGCCCCCGCUAGCCCCAGCCCAGCCCGUGCGUUCCGCUCCGCUCCGCUCCGCUCCGCUCCGGCGAGGAAGGGAUGGGAGUGAGGGCAGCUGCUCCUGUCCCCUGCUCAGCAGCAGCAGGCGAGUCAACGCGGCAGCCGCCGCACUGAAGGAGCAGGGGGCACAGCCAGGGCGGUUGACUGAGGGCACUGUGAGGCUGCCCCCCCCCCGCUUGCAUUGCCAGCUCUUGCAUUCCCCCCCAGCCCAGCAGCACCUCCCAGCCCCUGGAUCCCCUCUGCAAGGCGCAGCCAUGGGGGCGCUGACCAGCAGGCAGAACGCCGGGGUGGAAGAGGUGGACAUCCCUUCUAAUUCAGUCUACAGAUAUCCUCCGAAAUCCGGGAGCUACUUUGCCAGCCAUUUCAUCAUGGGAGGUGAGAAGUUCGACUCCACGCACCCGGAGGGCUACCUCUUUGGAGAGAACAGCGACCUGAACUUCCUGGGAAAUCGACCUGUAGUGUUUCCUUACGCCGCCCCACCCCCCCAGGAGCCGGUGAAGACACUCAGGAGUUUAAUCAACAUCCGCAAGGACACUCUGCGCCUAGUCAAGUGCACAGAGGAAGUGAAGACCCCUGGCGAGGAAGUCAGCAAAGCCAAGGUCCGCUACAAUGUGGAGUUCACCUUUGACACUGACGCGCGAGUGGCCAUCACCAUUUAUUACCAGGCUACCGAAGAAUUCCAGAACGGAGUAGCCAGCUACCUCCCCAAAGACACCAGCUUGCAGUCCGAGACGGUCCAUUACAAACGAGGGGUGUGCCAGCAGUUCUGCGUCCCCUCCCACACCGUCGAUCCUUCCGAAUGGGCAGAAGAGGAGCUGGGCUUUGACCUGGACCGAGAGGUGUAUCCCAUGGUGGUGCACGCAGUCGUGGACGAGGGAGAUGAGCACCUCGGCCACUGCCACGUACUGCUGGCAACGUUUGAGAAGCAUGCAGAUGGUAGCUUUUGCGUGAAGCCCCUCAAGCAGAAACAAGUGGUGGAUGGAGUUAGCUACCUCCUUCAGGAGAUCUACGGGAUCGAGAACAAAUACAACACGCAGGACUCCAAGGUGGCUGAGGACGAGGUGAGCGAUAACAGCGCAGAGUGCGUGGUCUGCCUCUCGGAUGUGCGGGACACUCUGAUUCUACCCUGCCGCCAUCUUUGCCUCUGUAACACUUGUGCGGACACCCUGCGUUAUCAAGCCAACAACUGCCCCAUCUGCAGGCUGCCAUUCCGAGCCUUGCUCCAGAUCCGAGCAAUGAGGAAAAAACUUGGCCCUCUCUCUCCAACCAGCUUCAGCCCAAUCAUCGCCUCCCAAACGUCCGAUUCUGAGGAGCACUCGUCUUCUGAGAACAUCCCUCCUGGCUAUGAGGUAGUGUCUCUGCUGGAAGCUCUCAAUGGGCCCCUCACUCCGUCCCCGGCUGCCGUUCCGCUGCAUGGGCUUGGGGACAGCCACGGGGCAGGGAUGCUGCCAUCGUAUGGCAGUGACGGCCACCUGCCUCCCAUCAGGACGCUCUCUCCCCUCGACCGCUUGUCGGACUGCAGCAGCCAAGGGCUCAAACUCAAGAAGAGCCUGUCAAAGUCAGUUUCUCAGACUUCCUCGGUCUUGCACGAAGAAGAUGAUGAGAAGUCCUGCAGCGAAUCAGAAAUCAGGAUUUCCAGGAGGAAGUCUCCUCAUCAGCAUGAGGAGGAAUGUGGUGUGACACCAGAGAGUGAAAACCUCACCUUGUCCUCCUCGGGAGCAAUAGAUCAGUCUUCGUGCACAGGAACCCCUCUCUCCUCCACCAUCUCCUCCCCAGAAGAUCCUGGCAGCAGCAGCCUGGCCCAGUCCAUCAUGUCCAUGGCCUCCUCCCAAAGUCAGCACUCCCAGAUCAGCACUGACACCAUGUCUUCCAUGUCUGGCUCCUAUGUCGCUCCGGGCACAGAGGAAGAGGGGGACAUGCUCCCAUCCCCUGCUGCUGCCAGUGGGAUUCCUUCAGAAGGAGAGUCAACCCCUGUGGAAUCUCCAGAUAGGAAUUUUGUCAGUAUCCCUGCGGAGGAGCGAGACGCGGAGGGGAACGAUGUCAUGGAGGAAGAGGAUGGAUCUCCCACCCAGGAAGAUGGCCAGAGGACAGGUGCUUUCCUAGGUAUGGAGUGUGACAAUAACAAUGACAUUGACAUCUCGAGCGUGAAAGCGCUGGACAAUAAGCUGUGCUCUGAGGCCUGCUUCCCUGUAUCUAUUUUAUAAUGCCCUUUCUGCUGUGGGGUUCGCUCUGCCGCACGCAUCCCAACCCGGACUGUCUUCUCUCUGCCUUAUGCACCAGCAGCAGCAAGAGCCUAGUAUGCAUUUAAUCUCCGUGAAUUACCUGUUCCAACUUACUUCGUUUUGAAACAAAACUGACCUUGAAGACAGCUACGUUUUCUGGAAAGAGAUGCGUUUUCCAAAGUUUGCAUGCCACAUGUCCACCUACAAAUUGAGAUAAUGGAUGCAGAAAGCAGCACGCACAGCAAGAAGCAGCCAGCUAUUCAGAACAGGGCAAACCUGAGCUGCAGAUUCAGUGCACCCAGCCGUUGUCAGAAUGUGCACGCUCAUGCGACAAUUUCAGGAAAAUUGCAUGAGCAGCUCUGAUUGCAUCCAGGAUCCUGGAGGCGAUUGAAAGCUGUGACCACGCUACCAUUGAACUGUGUAAGGCUUUUUUUGUCACCAUCAUGGGGUAUGUGACAAAAAACUUGCCCAUUGUGGUGUUUUCACAAGGAAUUGUGGUCUUUCCACCUCCAGGCAGCGUGUGGCCGAGCAGCAUUCGGUCGGUUCUCAUCAAUGUGAAUCUGUAAACAUCCGGUGUUGUGCAGCAUCCAAGAAUGACCUGGAUUUUUAAAUGGUGGAAUUUAUUUUUUAUUGAAAGACAAAGAAUGUUGCCCAAAAUGGUGUUGCCCCAGGGCUCCCCUCCCUGUGUUUUCUGUAAUUUGGGGCGGGGGGGUUUGAGGGAGGCUGCCAUGUUAAACCAAUGACUUUUUCAAUGAUAAAUGGCCAGCUUUGGAAAUGAUACAUGAAAGCGGAGACACUUGAUCACUCCUUUCACUGCUGUGGAUGUCUUUUUGGAAGAGAAUUAGGUAGGAGCAUCCUUGGAAAGAUCACAAGGCAGCAUCCCUCAGGGAGACUUGAUACAGCACAGGACGGUCUCAGUUACGCUGCCGACCUCACAGCGGGGACAAGGUUUAAAUAAACAUGACAGGCUAUUCUGAAUCUUCAGCAGAUUUAAAGUCAGGCAAGGGCCCUUGUUGUAAUUAUUUAAAUUACUAGAAGCAUAAGCAUUUUUGCAGCAGGCUUAUUUCAAAUGGCUUAACUUCUAUUACGGAUGCUCUUCCAAGAGUUAGUCAUUAUGGAUCUGAUUAAAAGACCAUUGAAGCAAGAGAAAGACGGAGGAAAUUGUAGGUUUUCAACUGAGCAGGGAAGGAGAGCUAAUAAGGUAUUUAAUGCCUAUUUUGCUUCAGUCUUCACUGAAAAGGUUAAUGGUGACCAGAUACCCAGUGUAAUUAAUAUUAACAACAAGGGGGUAGGAAUGCAAGCCAAAGCAGGCUAAAGAAAAUGUAGAUAAGCUAGAUGUAUUCAAGACAGCGGGGCCUGAUGAAAUUCAUCAUCGGGUUCUUAAGGUAGUAGCUGGAGCAAUCUCGGAACCAUUCGACCGAGGUCCAAGCCGGCACUACAUUUCUAUGAUUCUCUGACGUCGGGGUGGGGUGGGGGGAGUGUAUGUAAUCAAUACCAUAUUUCUCUGCAUCAAGUCUCCCUGUGGAAUGCUGCCUUCUGAUCUUUGAAGGACUCUCCUUGCUAAUCCAGUUCUAUAUAAAGAGCCUUCUUAGUGAUGCAAUGUCUAGGUCCUAAUGGAUUUUCUCAUCUUGUUAAUUUUCCGUCACCUCUGGGACCUGGAGAUUUACUUGUGUAGCUCUUUAGCUCAACCUCGAAAUGAAAAUCAGUUAACAUUAGAAACAUAGAAUUCCACAAAUAAUCUUUGAUGCAAAAAUGCCAGAGCAUUGUAAAGUGAGUGUAAACAGUGUGAUGUAAAGGAGCAUUAGUGUAAAUCAGAAUUAGGCCCCUAAUGUCCAUUAGCUAAAGAUAACUCUGCUCCUGGGGAAUGAUUUGAAGGUACUGUAUUACUGACGAAAGCAAGCAGGCAGUUUAAAUGGACACACUUUGCAAUAUACUGUGUACAUCUCAGUUAAAUUGGAACCUUAUUUUGCUGUGUGGGUGUCCAGAGAUAGCAACUUUUAUUAAGGGCUUACAUUUUCCAAGUUGCUGAUCAAGGGCAGCCUUCAUUUACUGCACUGGAAAGAAACUGUGAAUGCAUCAACACCUCUGAGUAAUGCAUCCUUUAUUUAGCUCAGAAGCCUUGUAAAUUUUGGCCAUUGGGCCCAGUUCUGAACUCCUGUCAGUAUAGAUCAGAUGUUACUCCUCUGAAAUCAGUGGGAAUAUACCCAUGUCAAACUGCACUGACAUGAAUUCAGAGUCCAGCUCAUACUAUUUCAUUUUGAUUGUUGUUUACUUUUUAGAGUAAUUCACUCCACUAGGUACACAGCACAGCCCUCCAUAGAAAGCUGCCUGGUGGUAGCACAUUCUGUUUACAUGAUGCUUCUGUAAAUUUACUUUCUGCCAUAACACUUCUUUCAGCAAAGCAUAGCUACAUUAAAGGCCAAGAGAGUGUGCUUAGUAAAUUGCCCAGUAUUAUCUUUGGACAUUGCAAUAUAAAAUGAGCAUCCGACAGAGCUCAUAUGGACAACUAUCUCUUGGGUAAACAAGGCUGAGGUAUUCUCUUCCUCUCUGGAAAUAUGUAAUAUUUCAGCUCACUGUUUUAAAAGCUGAUCUGUUUUAUCCCAGUCAUAGCUGUCAUAAUAUAUGGAAUCACUGUCUUAAGCAAGAGCCAUUUGUUUAAAAAAAAAAAAAAAAAAAAAAAAAGAUUACAAACUCCGUUCCAAACAAAUAGGCUUUUACCCAACUUGAGUUCUAGCUUUGUCUUCCUUGUUCACCAGGGCCGCUCCCUGUUUGGAACACUUUAAAGCACAGACAUCUAGUGCCUGAAUAAUAUAUUCUAAGUAAGCAUAUCAUUAUAGGGGCUGCAAUUCACUAUCAGUAAAAGGGUUCCUUGUAGGAGUGCUUCUAGCAUGUGGUCCUACUUCUAUUUAAGUCAGUAGAAAUAGAGUCAGGCCCAUAGUUUCUCAAUCACUUUGGGGUCUGUGGUGUAAUACAUAUCCUAUAAUACAUCGUACAAACAAGUGUUUGACUACUUAGUGCCCAGGGGCCGGGAGAAAAUGGCUCUGAGGCACUUCACAAACAAAGGUUUUCCCAACAGUGGAUUUUCCCAGAGUAAUUCUAGUGGCAGAGGAUGCAUGAGAGGGUUCAUCGGUAUGUAUUGUCAGAGUUCCAUGGGAAUUGGGUGCUGAACUCACACUCAAAUUCUGCAGGAUUUGAGCUUCUACCUACGUUAGGUCCUUUGAAAACACCAGCCUAAACCCCCUUGGACCACUUGAUCCCUACACCUUGCAGGCAUCCCCCACAGAAAGUCUGUGGAGUGUGAACUCCAUGGAGCUAACCCUGUUCUCAGUUACGCUGGUUAAAUCAGGAAUAUCUCUAUUGACAUCAAUGGAGAUAAACUGGUGCAAAACCAGGGCAGGUGCAAUCAGAAUCAGGCCCACUGGGUUUGGUGGCAGGAAUGUUCAGAGUGUAGCUCCAUCCAAACACUCCCAAACCAGAACUGAACCCAAGCUGUGUAAUCUUUUUUCACAAGGACACAUUUGUUUCUUUUUCUUUGGCAGUCGGGGACAGAUGUGAGGGACCCAUGCAGGUCCCGGGGGGAUGGACAGGAGUUUGGGAGGAAGAGCCCCCAGGAAAGUGGGGAAAUCUGUGUCUCUCUUCAUAAAAGAAGCGUGGCUUGUAGAAGUGAGCUGUCCAGGCCCUGUCCUCCAGACUUGUCUUUUGCUGUUCUCUCUUCCGUUAGAUUUAACCGUGCACUCCUGACUGUGGUAACGGGUGGAGAACUCCACCGUAAACCUGGGCGUUCAGAUGCUGUGAACAUGCCAUUCAGCUUGUAGAGAGUCGAGUGGUAAUUGCCAUUUGCUGGAGCGUGUGGCUUUGUAGGGCUUUGUCUCCCAGCCCAGCAGUUUUAAUGGCAUGACGUGUGGAAUACAGUGUCCCUUGGGUGCAACAUCUAUCCCUUCCGCCCAGAAGGGAGCCAGGGUGGGUUCCUUCCAUUUCUCCCAUCACGGCCAACUCAGAUGGUCUCUAAGGAACGUCGUCCGAGCUGGGGCACAGUGCCAGAGCCUUGUGUUAACCCAGCCAGGGCGUGGCGGGUUUUGCAUGGAGAACCUCCUGCAGUAAUACAAGGAUCACAGGGUAACCAACCUCCUGUGUAUUGCUGUUUCUGUUUUGUGCGUGUGUCUUUUGUUCACCAUUUGCUUUUGGUCUU